CAACGACUUGCCACGGUAGAGUUUAACACUUCACUCACAUGUAAAAAGUGCCUAGACUAUCUUUUAUUGAUUGUAAUAUUCCACGGCACCGCGUGACAUUUCAUUUUUGCGUCACCAUUAUUCUAAAAAUAAAGAGUAAUGCUUCACAAACACCCCCUACCCUGUCCAUCCCUCCCUACCUGAGCUACAGCUACCUCGAAGGAAGGCUCUUGUAGAAAUCACCGUAGGGUUUAUCAACGACAAAGGUCACGAGGAAUUGCUCAUCCGAAUUAAGCCAUGAGAAGAGCUUCUUCAUCCACGCUCAUCCUAAUUCAUCGCCGGGCUAAGCUCUCAUCUCUCAUCUCCUCCUCCGCCGCCGCCGCCGCCCACGAAUUUCGCCCACACAUCACCCAAACCCCACCUUUUCUCUCACGCGAUGCCAAUACACCCCAUAAACCCCAGAUGUUUAACACCCUCGCCGAGCAAACCCCGCCCCAGAUUUCUUCAAGGCAGAGGAAGAUCAAGCAGAAAUCCGAUCUUGAAGAGGCAUUUGAGUCCGCAGAGUCCACAGAGGAAAUGUUGAAGGCUCUCAAGGAUAUGGAAACCUGCUUCGAUGAAAGAGAGCUCGGCAUGGCUUGCCUGAAAAUGGGCCUUAAACUCGACCAAGAAGGUCAUGAUCCUGAAAAGACGCUGUCUUUUGCCGCCAGGGCUUUGAAUUCAUUUGACAGAGAUGAAGAUGAUGCGUCUUUGCCUCUUGCCAUGACACUGCAAGUGAUGGGUUCUGCGUCUUAUGGUCUGAAAAGGUUCAAUGACAGCCUAGGGUACCUUAAUAGGGCCAAGAGGGUAUUGCGGAAGUUAGAGGAAAGCGCGUCUUGUAAUGUUGAAAACUCUAGUCCUAUCCUCCAUGCCGUGGAGCUUGAACUGUACAAUGUAAAGACAGCCAUGGGGAGGAGAGAGGAAGCUCUGACGAACCUCUUGAAGGCUUUGGAGCUAAAAGAGCUGGUUUUGGAUGAACGCAGUGGAGAACUUGGAAAAGCUUACAGGGAAGUUGCUGAGGCUUAUGUUUCUGUUUUGAAUUUCAGAGAGGCGUAUUCGUAUUGUAUGAGGGCAUUGAAUAUACACAAAGCACUAUUGGGGAAUAACUCUGUUCAGGUUGCACAUGACAGAAGACUCCUUGGGAUUAUACACUCUGGGUUACAGGACCACGAUGCCGCUUUAGAAGAGAAUGAACUGUCUCAAAAGGUCUUGAAGAAUUGGGGUCUUGGUCAAGCGUUGCUCCAAGCAGAGAUUGAUACUGCUAAUUUUCAGAUUGCACUGGGAAGGUACUAUGAUGCCAUCGAUACCCUGAAGAGUGUUCUUCAACGGACUGAUAAGGAGAGCAAGGACAGAGCAAUGGUCCUUCUUUCCAUGUCAAAAGCAUUAUCUAGCCAGGAGAAUUUCCAAGAAUCAAAGAAGUGUCUUGACUCUGCCUGUGAGAUUCUUGGGAAGAAAGAAAAGAGCUUUCCUGUUGAGGUUUCCGAAGCUUAUAUGGAAAUCUCAACGCAAUAUGAGCUGAUGAAUGAAUUUGAAACUGCCAUAUCUUUGCUGAACAAAGCACUGAGAAUGCUUGAAAAGAUUCCUCAAGAACAACAUUCAGUAGGGACUGUUUCUGCAAGGAUUGGGUGGUUACUUCUGUUAACGGGAAAAAAAGAAAAGAGCUUUCCUGUUGAGGUUUCCGAAGCUUAUAUGGAAAUCUCAACGCAAUAUGAGCUGAUGAAUGAAUUUGAAACUGCCAUAUCUUUGCUGAACAAAGCACUGAGAAUGCUUGAAAAGAUUCCUCAAGAACAACAUUCAGUAGGGACUGUUUCUGCAAGGAUUGGGUGGUUACUUCUGUUAACGGGAAAAGUGGAGCAGGCCAUUCCUUCUUUGGAGGAUGCAGCCGAAAGGCUUAAAGAGAGCUUUGGUUCAAAGCAUUUUAGUAUCGGUUACGUUUACAAUAAUUUGGGUGCUGCUUACUUGGAAUUAGAUAGACCACAGUCGGCUGCACAAGUUUUUGCAUACGCUAAGGAUGUAAUGGAUGUGUCUCUUGGCCCUCACCAUGCUGAUUCAAUAGAGGCUGUUCAAAACCUUUCAAAAGCAUAUGCUGCUAUGGGAAGCUAUGAGCUUGCAGUUGACUUCCAAAAGAAAGCUGUAGAAGCUUGGGAAGGGCAUGGUCAAAAUGCAGAAGACGAACUUAAAGAAGCUCGCCAGAUUCUUGACCAGCUAAUGACAAAAGCACGCGCUUCGUUGCUCAACCAGUCCCCAGCAAAGGCAUUGCCUUCAGCAAACACAAGGGACCGUCGACCUGAUGUUUUCAAUCACAGGAAGGAGACGAAGGAGGCCUAUCACUGUAAGGGCAUGCCUUCUCUUUAUAACGUAAUGAAUUCAUCUUAGAGAGAUAAGAUUUGGAAAGCUUAGUACAAACUCCCCACUUUUAUUUCAAGGAAAAGAAUGAUUGGUUUACAUGAUUUCUUUCACCUUUGCAUUAAUUUUCAACCAUGUUUCACUCUUUCUUGGACUAUGGAAAAAAGGCAAGUGGAAAGUUUAUGUUGGGAAAUAGGGAGUAUGGCUGAAUGACAGAAUAAGGCAAAUUAUAGGAAAUGCAAAUGAGUGUUGUGUUCUUGUUCAUAUAAUUAAAGAUUGCUGAUAUGU